AUGCCCACUGCUGAGUCCGCCGCCUUCCUCGCAAAAAAGCCCACCGUCGCCCCGACCUACGAGGGUGUUAACUUCGAGGACAACGUCGCCCUCCACAACGCUCGUGAUGCUAUUAUCCGCGAGCAAUGGGUACGCAGCAUGAUGUCUCGCCUGGUUGGUGAGGAGCUCGGCAAGUGCUACCACCGCGAGGGAGUGAACCACCUCGAGAAGUGCAGUGUCUUGAGAGAAAAAUACUUCGAACUUCUCGGCGAGCGCAGAGUCAAGGGCUACCUCUUCCAGGAGAAGAACUACUUUGAGUCGAAAUAA